UGCCUGGCGCUGGACGCCCAAUGAAACACUACGCGAGGACACUUUAUUGUGGCAACAAUACAUCCGAUAGGAGAAGGCAGAGUUCCGGAGCAAUGCGGCACGCGUUGAUUUUUAAGAGCGAAAACUGAAUCGAGGAAUGGGAGCGUAACAGCGGCCGCACCACAACAUGACCCAACUCCAAACUCGUGGUGGUGCGCGCUAGUGGCGAUCGAAGACGCGGAUAAGCCAAUGAUGAAUUUCCUGUAAACUGUGUUGAUAAAACGCGUGGAUUGGACGGUAAUUGAUCCCAAGUGGCACGUAGUGAUGGCCACUCCGGUGCAUACGGAGACCAGGAAAUUUACGCGGGGUCUGGGUAAACCUGGCACUGCGGCUGAACUCAGGCAAAGUGUCUCGGAAGUGGUGAGGACGUCGGUGCUGGUUGUAAAACCAAAGGUGAUCGAGCCGCUGGACUAUGAAAAUGUGCUGGUGCAGAGGAAGACGCAGAUCCUUAGCGAUGUCCUCAGGGACAUGCUGCAGUUCCCCCUCGAGGACUUUGAGAUUUCAACAUUGAGGAGACAUGGGAGAACCCUGUACCCCACGGUGCCUGAAAAUGCAGAGCAGGAGGCUCAAAGUCUGUUUGUCCAAGAGUGCAUUAAGACCUACAAGUCUGACUGGCAUGUGGUCAACUAUAAGUAUGAAGAGUAUUCUGGGGACUUUCGACAGCUUCCAAACAAAGUGUCCAGGCCUGAUAAAUUGGCUGUCCAUGUAUUUGAAGUGGAUGAGGAUGUCGACAAAGAUGAGGACACAGCCUCCUUAGGGUCCCAGAAAGGUGGAAUCACUAAACAGGGCUGGCUGUAUAAAGGAAACAUGAACAGUGCUAUCAGUGUCACCAUGAGGUCAUUCAAGAGGAGGUAUUUCCACCUAACCCAGCUUGGAGAUGGCUCUUAUAAUUUAAACUUCUACAAAGAUGAGAAGAUCUCCAAAGAGCCCAAAGGAACUAUUUUCUUGGACUCCUGUAUGGGUGUGAUUCAGAACAACAAAGUUCGAAGGUUUGCUUUUGAGCUUAAGAUGCAGGAUAAGAGUACCUACCUGCUGGCUGCAGACAGCGAGGCGGAGAUGGAGGACUGGAUCAACACGCUCAAUAAGAUCUUGCACAGUAGCUUUGAAAUCGCCAUGCAGGAGAAGAGAAAUGGAGACAUUCAUGAUGAUGAUGAUCUUGGAAAGUCAGACAGCUCCUCUGGCAGUAUGGACAGCUUUCAGAGCACAAGAGAUAUAGAGUCUAGGAUGAAGAAUGAAACCAGAUUAAAGCUGUUCACACUGGAUCCGGACACACAGAAACUAGAUUUCUCAGGAAUAGAGCCAGACGUGAAGCAGUUUGAGGAGAAGUUUGGCAAGCGCGUUCUGGUGAACUGCAACGACCUCUCGGUUAAUCUGCAAAGCUGUGUGGCCGAAAACGAGGAAGGGCCAACAACAAACGUGGAGCCAUUCUAUGUCACCCUGUCGCUUUUUGACAUCCAGAAUGGCAGAAAAAUCUCCUCUGAUUUCCAUGUUGACCUAAACCACCCAUCUGUCAGGGGUAUGGUUCCCAAUAACAGCAGUCAGUAUAUGAACGGGGGAAGCGAUGCCCGGCCUGAGGGCCAGCGAUUGAUCCACGGGGUGCCAGAAGCAGCCAUGCAGUAUCCCAGACAGGUAGUGUUUUCAGUAACUUGCCCCCACCCGGAUAUCUUCCUGGUGGCCCGCAUAGAGAAGGUGCUUCAGGGAGGUAUCAACCACUGUGCCGAGCCAUACAUGAAGAGUUCAGACUCCACCAAGGUGGCACAGAAGGUCCUGAGAAAUGCCAAGCUGGCAUGCAGCCGGUUGGGCCAGUAUAGGAUGCCUUUUGCCUGGGCAGCAAGACCUUUGUUCAAAGAUGCUUCAGGGGCUCUUGACAAAGGUGCUCGUUUCUCAGCUCUGUACAGACAAGACAGCAACAAACUGUCCAAUGACGAUAUGCUCAAGCUGCUGGCUGAUUUCAGGAAGCCAGAGAAGAUGGCCAAGCUGCCUGUAAUCCUAGGAAACCUCGAUGUUACCAUUGACAAUGUAGCCCCAGACUUGUCAAACUGUGUGAGCUCAUCCUACAUCCCUGUGAAGCAGUUUGAUGUCAGCGAGAAGAGCAGCAUCUUCUUUGAAGUGGAGGAGUUUGUGCCGUGCAUUGCCAAAUGUUCUCAGCCUUUUACCAUCUACAACAAUCACCUCUAUGUCUACCCGAAGCACUUGAAAUACGACAGCCAAAAGUCAUUUGCAAAGGCUAGGAACAUAGCUGUCUGCAUUGAGUUCAGGGACUCAGAUGAGGAAGAGGCUGUUGCACUUAAGUGCAUCUACGGCCGGCCUGGAGGACCCUUGUUUACCAAAAAUGCCUUUGCUUCAGUAUUACAUCACCAGCAAAAUCCUGAAUUCUACGAUGAAUUUAAGAUUGAGUUGCCAACUCAGCUCCAUGAGAAGCAUCAUCUUCUCUUCACCUUCUAUCACGUCAGCUGCGAUAGCAACAGCAAGGCCAGCACCAAAAAGAGAGAGCAGGUUGAGACGCAAGUUGGUUACGCCUGGCUCCCCUUGCUGAAAGACGGUCGGGUGCUCAUGAGUGAGAGUCAGAUCCCUGUGGCUGCCAGCCUACCUGCCGGAUACCUCAGCUGUCAGGAGGGUGCCAGCAAGCAUUUGGGUCCUGAAGUCAAAUGGGUGGAUGGAGGAAAACCCUUAUUCAAAGUUUCCACCCACCUUGUUUCCACUGUCUACACUCAGGAUCAACAUUUGCACAAUUUUUUCCAUUGCUGUCAAAGCAUUGCAUCAGGGGCCCAGGUGUCGGGAGGAGAACUGGUCAAAUAUCUGAAGAGUCUGCAUGCCAUGGAGAGUCAUGUGAUGAUCAAGUUCCUGCCCACCAUCCUCAAUCAACUGUUCAGGGUUCUAACCAGUGCCACCCAAGAAGACGUGGCAGUCAAUGUCACCAGAGUCAUGAUUCACGUUGUAGCGCAGUGCCACGAGGAAGGCUUGGAGCACUACCUUAGAUCUUACGUGAAGUAUGUCUUCAAGACCGAGCCACACACGUCCUCCACCACCCGAACGGUGCACGAGGAGUUGGCUAAAGCCAUGACUGCAAUCCUGAAGCCUUCCACUGAUUUCCUCACAAGUAACAAGCUGCUCAAGUACUCGUGGUAUUUCUUUGAAGCCUUAGUCAAAUCCAUGGCUCAGUACUUGAUUGAGAGCUGUAAAGUGAAGCUGACCAGGAACCAGCGCUUCUCUGCAUCGUCCCAUCAUACUGUGGAGACCUUGGUCAACAUGAUCAUGCCACACAUCACUCAGAAAUACAAAGACAACCUAGAUGCAGCCCGGAAUGCUAACCAUAGCUUGGCAGUCUUCAUUAAGCGUUGUUUCAACCUGAUGGACAGAGGCUUUAUCUUCAAACAGAUCAACAACUAUAGCAACUGUUUCGUGCCUGGAGACCCAAAGACGCUGUUUGAGUUCAAGUUUGAAUUCCUGCGAGUUGUGUGUAACCACGAGCACUACGUCCCCUUAAACCUGCCCAUGCCAUUUGGAAAGGGAAGGAUUUUGAGAUUUCAAGACCUCCAGCUGGAUUACUCGCUGACUGAUGACUUCUGUAAGAACCACUUCCUGGUCGGACUGCUGCUCAGGGAGGUCAGUGCAGCUCUGCAGGAGUUCAGGGAGAUUCGUCAGAUUGCCAUCCAAGUACUGAAGAGCCUCAUGAUGAAGCAUGCAUUUGAUGACCGCUAUGCCUCAAAAAGCCAGCAGGCCAGGUUAGUCACCCUGUACUUGCCCUUGUUUGGUCUGCUCCAAGAAAACGUCAACAGGCUAAAUGUGAAGGAAGUGUCCCCAUUCACCGUCAACCACUGCACCAGUAAUGGAAGAGAUGAUUCUCUCCUUACCAGCACUUUGAUGACACCUCCCAGAUCCAGCACCUUUUUGGACACCGGCUUCCACAAAGAUGUUUUUGGAGUCAUCUCUGGCACCACUUCACCUCAUGCAGCAUCCACCCCCAACAUUAACUCUGUGCGCCACGGAGGCUCUCGUGGAUCACUCAUCAGCACUGAUUCUGGGAACAGCCUGCAUGAGAGGAACAAUGACAAGGGCAAUUCUCUUGACAAGAACCAACCUGCCUCAGCCCUGGGAAGCCCCCUGCUACGAUGUGAUAAACUGGACCAGGCAGAAAUCAAGAGCCUCCUCAUGUGUUUCCUCCAUGUGCUCAAAAGCAUGUCUGAGGAUGCUCUGUUCACAUACUGGAACAAGGCAUCAUCUGCUGAUCUGAUGGAUUUCUUCACUUUAAUAGAAGUGUGCCUCCAUCAGUUCAGAUACAUGGGAAAAAGAUAUAUUGCAAGGAACCAGGAUGGGGCAGGACCUGUUGCACACGAGCGGAAGUCUCAGACUCUGCCUGUGUCCCGUAACAGGGCGGGAAUGAUGCAUGCCCGCUUACAGCAGCUCAGCAGCCUGGAUAACUCAUACACAUUUAACCACACCUACAGUCACUCAGAUGCUGACGUGUUGAAUCAGUCACUGCUGGAGGCCAACAUUGCCACUGAAGUCUGCCUGACUGUCCUGGACACACUCAGUAUCUUCAUCAUGAGUUUCAAGACACAGCUAUGUGCUGACCAUGGCCACAGUCCACUAAUGAAGAAGGUGUUUGACGUCCACCUCUGCUUCCUGCGGAUCAAUCAGUCAGAAACGGCCCUCAAGCAGGUCUUCACUUCACUGCGCACCUUCAUUUACAAGUUCCCAUGCACAUUUUUUGAAGGGCGUGCAGACAUGUGUGCUGCAUUUUGCUAUGAGAUCUUGAAAUGUUGCAACUCCAAGCUGAGCUCCAUUCGCAGCGACGCAGCCCAUCUGCUAUAUUUUCUCAUGAAGAGCAACUUUGACUACACGGGUCGCAAGUCCUUUGUCAGAACACAUUUACAGGUUGUGAUUGCUGUCAGCCAACUGAUAGCAGAUGUCAUUGGUAUAGGAAGUACACGCUUCCAGCAGUCUCUGUCGAUAAUCAACAACUGUGCCAACAGUGAUAAAACUAUCAAGAACACAGCUUUCCCAUCAGAUGUGAAGGACCUGACCAAACGCAUCAGAACAGUGUUGAUGGCCACAGCACAGAUGAAGGAGCAUGAGAGAGAUCCAGAGAUGCUGGUGGACCUGCAGUACAGCCUCGCCAAGUCUUAUGCCAGCACACCUGAGCUACGCAAGACCUGGCUUGACAGCAUGGCCCGAAUCCAUGUGAAGAAUGGAGACCUAUCUGAGGCAGCCAUGUGCUAUGUGCAUGUUGCCGCGCUCGUGGCAGAAUACCUGCGGAGAAAAGGUACUUCUGUAUUCUCUGAUGAAAAUGUUUCUAUUGCUUUACCAGACAGGAGGCCUGUUGUCAUUGUUAUUUUUUGUUUGUUUGUUUGUUUUUUAACAUUGUCUGAUCUUUUUGUCUGUGCAGGCAUGUUCAAGCAGGGCUGCUCGGCAUUUCGUGUCGUGACUCCAAACAUCGAUGAAGAAGCUGCAAUGAUGGAGGACGUCGGAAUGCAGGAUGUCCAUUUUAAUGAAGAUGUCUUAAUGGAGCUUCUGGAGGAGUGCGCAGAUGGGCUGUGGAAAGCUGAGCGUUACGAGCUCAUCUCUGACAUCUACAAGCUCAUUAUUCCCAUUUAUGAGAAGCGGAGGGACUUUGAGAAACUGGCUCACCUGUAUGACACACUGCAUCGAGCAUACAGCAAGGUGACAGAGGUCAUGCAUACAGGCAAAAGGAUGCUGGGAACGUACUUCAGAGUGGCUUUCUUUGGCCAGGCAGCGCAGUACCAGUUUACUGACUCAGAGGCUGAGGGCUUCUUUGAAGAUGAAGAUGGGAAGGAGUAUAUCUACAAAGAACCCAAAUUCACCCCACUAUCAGAGAUCUCUCAGAGGCUUCUCAAGUUAUACUCUGAUAAGUUUGGUCAGGAGAAUGUGAAGAUGAUUCAGGACUCUGGGCGGAUCAACCCCAAAGACCUGGACUCUAAGUAUGCAUACAUCCAAGUGACACACGUGACUCCAUACCUGGAGGAGAAGGAGUUGGCCGACAGGAAAACAGACUUUGAGAAGAGCCACAACAUCCGUAGAUUUGUGUUUGAGAUGCCUUUCACCAUUUCAGGCAAAAAGCAAGGCGGUGUGGAGGAGCAGUGCAAACGCAGGACUAUACUUACCACCACACAUUGUUUUCCAUACGUAAAGAAACGCAUUGCAGUGAUGUAUCAACACCACACCGAUCUGAGCCCCAUCGAGGUUGCCAUCGACGAGAUGAGCAAGAAGGUUGCUGAGAUCAAACAGCUCUGCUCCUCCAGUGAGGUGGACAUGAUCCGUCUGCAGCUCAAACUGCAGGGCAGCAUUAGUGUCCAGGUAAAUGCAGGACCUCUUGCAUAUGCCAGAGCUUUUCUGGAUGAUACGUGUGCCAAGAAGUAUCCUGAUAACAAGGUCAAACAGUUGAAAGAGGUCUUCAGGCAUUUUGUGGAGGCGUGUGGCCACGGCUUAGGCAUUAAUGAACGACUCAUCAAAGAAGACCAGCAGGAAUACCACGAUGAUAUGAAAGCCAACUACAGAGAACUAGCCAGAGAGCUGUCCAUCAUCAUGCAUGAGCAAAUCAUUCCUGUGGAAGAUGGCAUGAAAAGCAUUCUCCCAGACUCGCUUCACAUCUUUAACGCCAUCAGUGGCACACCAACCAGUGCCACCAUCCAGGGCAUUCCCAGCUCAUCCUCUGUGGUUUGAUGCCACCCUGGGUUAAACUCAGAGCUGCUUGUACUUGCCAACCCAGGCAUGCCAGUGAUGCCAUAUUAUCACUCCAGAACUUAAUUCUGUAUCUCAGCCUAAAGAGAAACUGAUGGAAGAACAGACAAGUCUCAUUUUCUAUUUUCUGUCUGGCCAGCGAAGUCCAAUAUGAGCAGGGCACUGGACCUGCUUAACAUAGAUAAGGGGGCAUGGUGGCUGUGUGAUGGGGGGAACUCUGAGACUUGGAGCAGCAAGAGACCCCCCCCCCCCCCCCACACACACACACACACACACACACACACAGCAGAGAUGACAGGACACUUUGUUCAUAUUUUAUGUACAGACAUGAUGCUUGAUAAGACAUCACCUGUCUUACCAUUACCUGUUUCUACCUGAAAAGACUGAACAGUGUUUUCUUUAAAGACAUUCCUGUUGGGAUUUUUAAUAUGCGCCCACACUCUCCCAACAGUCCAUUUUUGUUUAUUUUGAUAAUGUUUCACAUUGUUUUUAUGGGCAAUAUUCCACUUUUAUAAGUCACUGUAUUGAUGUCUUGAUGAAUGGCAUAUGCUGCAUACAUUAACACUCCUCUCCCUGUACAUGAAGGUAUAUUUCUAGAAAAAUCCAAUUUUGGAAUAAGGGCCUGCUAUGACUUAACAUUAGCAUUCAACCUUAAAUCACUUUGAUGUCUUAGGAUGGAAGAGUUUUAAAAUAUUUCAAGCCAUUGCAUACAAAAGGUAUAUUCCAAUUUGUGUAUUAUUGUGUAAAUAAAACAAGGAGUGUGUGCAAUAUUUGCAAAGUAUCUUGCUGUGUGCAGCUCAUACACUGUAAAGAUUAUGUUCACCUUCUUGCCAAAGUGAUGCGGUGUGGGAAAAACACCUACUGUGGAAGUAAUAUGAAAAUUUUACCAUUUUAUGUUGUAAUGUUCCAAAAAUUCUUUUAUUUUGGCAGAAAUGUUUUAUUUUGUUUGUUUUUUUUAACUUUAUUUAACACAAGUCACUGUUCUGCUGUAAACAAAGAUGUUCCCUAAUGCUUUUAAAUAAAAUACUCAUUUUUCUGCA